ACUCUCGUUUUACUUUUGAUGUGAAUAAGAAAAUUAACUAUUUACUACAAUGCAUGAAUCGCUUGUAGCUUUAUAUUUUAGUUUUAAGGCGUCUUGUGUCAAGAUUGAAUAACGCCCAUAACGGGACGCAGCCUUUCGGGUCUGCGCAAACAGGGUACGAGUUGAGUGGCUCGAAUGCUCCCGCGAAAAAAAUCGCCCUAACCCGGACAUUCCACGGCUCAGACAUGGUGAUUGAAUAAGAAUUUUGGAAGAACAUUUGCGCUUUUUAAACAUGUUUCGGCUCUGUAAACGAGCUGUUUUUAUCCACGAGCAAUGGAUAGUGAACGUCAACUUGACACUAAGUCCUUACUCGACGUCUCCUGUCAGACUGGGGAUUCUGCAGGAUGUGAAUAAAAAGUGUGAGCGCUUCCUACAGCAGAGAUUUCCUCGGUUUUCCAUCAUGCACCACACCCUGAUGAAAGGAUUUCGGCUUCUGCUGGAGGACGUGAAGGAGGUCGGCAGAAUCAAGAGGAGCAUGUGGAUGAAUCGGACGAACUACAGAGAUCUCCCAUACCGAGAAAUGAAGAGACUCAUUCUGUUUCGGCGUGACAUGAUUAAAGCCAUACCUCUGCUUGUGAUCUCACUUCCUCCCUUCGCCAUCGGGUUCGUCCUCAUCCUCAUGUGUUUGUUUCCACGUCAGCUUUUGUUUCCACAUUUCUGGACGCCGCAGCAGCAGAGAAAGUUCCAGAUGAUCGACCACAUAAAGCGUUCUCAGUGUCAGGCGAAGAUCCUGGACAGCUUGGUGUUGACCGUGCCACGCCUGAGCAAGUGGCAUCAGAGGAACCUCCUCAACUUGUGCUCCAAGGUUCAGGACGGGAAACACCCGAGAGUCUCUGAGGUCUACACCGUACACCACGUCUUCCACACGUCUUCUCCACUGGGACUGCAGUGUGUGAAACCUCGUCAUCUGAGGUUGUUAGCGUCUCAGCUCUCUGUAAUCGUGUGGUUUCCCAGCUUCCUGGUGCGGAGGCGGCUCACCACCAAAGCCCUGGACCUUCUGUAUCUGGACCUCGCCCUGCAGCGUCUCGGGCUCCGUCAGCUCACUGAGGAAGAAAUGAGACAAGCGUGUGACCUCCGAGGGCUGAACUCCAGCCAGUUGACCUCCGGUCAGUGUGAAGAGUGGCUUCAUCAGUGGCUGGAGCUCUCCACAAAGGUCAAAGAAUCAGAAAUCUCCCUGUUACUGCACAGUAUGACGCUGCUCACGCUCAACUACCCACCCGUGACCAAGUGAAGGAGACACCUGUGAUCCUCGUAUCACUUAUAUCCUCCUGCUAUUUACCGAAGAUCCUCUUCACCUCGUCUCUGUACUGUUUACAUGCCUGCUCCUCUUUUCCUAUUAAAGCAUUCCUUCCUCUCAAGUUCCUGGACCGAACCCGCGGUCAGUUCAUUUAAAGCCUAUAAGCAAGUCUAAAGUCAUUUCCAUAAAGUGACUCACUUUAGUGUUUUUUUUUCUGCAGAUAUGAUGGUAUGUGUCUUUUAUUAUUUUUUUUUUUGUGGAAACUGUAUACGGAAGUGCUCUUGCAGCAUCGCCAUUAUUUGAUGUGUUUGUGUUUAAUUUGAUAUUAUAAUUAUUCUGAUUUCUCUCAGCUCUGAACUGCCUGCUGUCUGACCGCACAUAUUUUCUUUAUUUUAAUCUCAGGUUACUUUUUUUUGUAAUUUCCAUUUUGAAAUGUUUUACAUUCUUUUCAUAUUUUCUUUUUUUAAUUGUUAUUAUUUUGUGUGGCCUCUUGAGAAUAUAAUAAUAUAAAACAAUAUGAG